AUGAAAAAUCAUUAGUUUUUCAUAGUGAAAGAUUUCAUGCUAAGCAUGUUAGCUGAUGUUUAGUUGAACUUGUUAAAUUAAUUGUUGAACCAAUGAUUGAACUGGAUAAUAUAAUAAAGAUGAAUCUGACUAGAGACACAGCUGGUUAAUGAUUCAAUCGGUUCACCCAGGUGGUUUAGUCAUGUUUUUAAAUCAUUGAUGUUGGUGUCAAAAUGUGCUGACUCCUUUACAAUUAAAACAGUGGUCCCAGGGCAGUUUCUGUUAUUAAUUCUUCUUCAGAAAGACUAGGAGGAGCAAGAGUUGUAGCAACUGCUGUGGUUCCAGAUAAUGUGGCAAAAAUUCAGGACAUUCUAAGAAAAUGGAGUGAUAUUGAACAAAUGGAUCUUAUAAUUACUCUUGGGGGGACUGGCUUUACCUCAAGAGAUUUAACGCCAGAAGCUACAAAACCAUUGAUUGAAAAAGAAACACCUGGUCUUCUACAUGUAAUGAUGCAAGAGAGUUUAAAGGUGACCCCAUUUGCAAUGCUUUCACGUUCUGCUGCUGGAAUCAGAGGAUCAACCUUGAUCAUUAACAUGCCUGGAAACCCAAAUGCUGUUGCUGAGUGUUUGGAAGCUUUAUUGCCAGCACUUAAGCAUGGGCUGAAGCAGCUCAGGGGAGACAAGAGAGAAAAACAUCCUCGUCACGUUCCUCAUGCUGAAGCAGUUCCUGCAGAUGUGUGGGAAAAGAGUUAUAAGUUAGCCACUGGCGCUGGCUCCGACGUUUCUUGUUCCUGUUGCAAGUGAAGUUAACUAUAUUUUCUCAUUUCCUUCAGCCUCGUGCCCCCAUGUUUCUCUAGGGAAUAGUUACAGUUAUCAUCCAAUGCUCGAAAAUUUUAUCUUCAUGUUUGAUCAUAAAACUAAAAUUUUGAAUGGUGAGAAUCCUAAUUAACUGCAAGAUGAUUAAAAAAGACACACAAAAUAUGAGGAGAAUAGAAUUAUGUAUUGUUAUC